UCAGAGGAGAGGAGCACCUGAUCAGGACAGACUCCCGCCUCGCUCUGUCUCUGUCUCUGUCUCUGGCGCAUGCGCAGUGCGUCGCUGGGAGUCGAGCUGUGCGGAGUGAAGAAGAGCAGCUCCAGCCCGGUUAUGACAGAUGUGAAGCAUGAGGUCCUGCUCAGAGAUCUGUGGCUCGGUUUACACUGAGCAGAGCCAUGGCGCUCUCAGCAGUGGUUACCAGGGUUACGGGGUGCGUUCCUACCUGCACCAGUUCUACGAGGAGUGCACCGCUUCCAUCUGGGAGCGCGAUGAAGAUUUCCAGACACAGAGAUCGCCGAGCCGCUGGAGCUCUGUGCUCUGGAAGGUCUGUCUCGCGCUAGGUGCUCUGAUUCUGGUGGCGGGGUUGUCUGUGCUGCUGGUGGGUUACGCCACGCCGCCUCGUCUCGAAGCGUUCGGAGAAGAUGAGCUAUUGUUUGUGGACAGCCAUGCGGUGCGCUUCAACCGGGCCCUUGAUGCCUGUAAGCUGGCCGGUGCCGUGCUGUUCUGUGUGGGCGGCAGUGGGAUGGCGUUUGGGCUGCUGCUGGCCGUCUGCUCUCAAGGCAGCUCCAAGGAAGAGCUCAAUCUGCAGCAGCGCUUCAAAGAGCGGCUCGCCGAGAUCCAGGCCUCCGUUCAGCCUGUCACCCGCGCUCCCACACCUGGAGAUGCCAAGGUGCCCGUCACACUCUCCAAAGUGCAGAGCGUCCAGCCCGGAGCGGAAACCUGACCUCUUAAGCAUCUGACGCUUCCAUGCAAAACAAAACAUCAGUCCUUGGAACAGUAGAGAUAGAUAACACUGCACUUUCUCUGGCGCAUAUCAUUCGUCUAUGUUGAGCGAGAACAUCGAGAGUAUUAAUGGCGAUUAGCGUAAGUGUUCCCUGUCGAUCAUCACUGGUGCUCCUUAAUACAGACACACAGCACAAAUAUACUCGCGUGCUACAGCUAGGAAUCAAUACAUCUUUAGGCAGCUGUUCCAAAGUGCAACAUAUUCUUCAUGUGUGUAUUCAUACUGAAUAAGCAAGAAUAGUUUCACAACUCAACCUCUCACAAUUUCCAUUAUGUUAUAUGAGAAAAGUCACUCGGUAAAACUCAUAAACUAGCAGAACGGAGGCCUGUUAGCAGCUAAUUCAUCACGGCUGGUUUACUAGCAUUGUCAACAGAAACUACAAUGACUUGUCAUUGCUCAUUCAGAAAGCGUCAGGUUGGUUCAUUGCCGUCACCUAAGGUGCAAUUUUUCUCCGAAUCUCUCCUAGCGAAAGCUUCGUGCUCUAUUGCUACAGUCAAUCAAUAGUUAGCUGACAGAACGCAAUGCAUUAAGAGCCACAAUUUCACACAUCUCAAUACUGCACGUCCGUUCUGCUCAAAUAGAUCACCGCCUGCGAUGUCAUGGAGUGAAAAAAGAUUAUGGUUUAAAUUGGCCUGUGGGAUUAUGUAAUAUCCUCUCAUUGUGUUGCACAUCAUUCUUGCCCCAGCCUCACUUUCCUCAAGAGGCUGUUAAGCACAGUCACUGUCUGAAGGUAAUUACACUCAUCGCAGCCGAGCCCAUUAAGACUUUCCAUACGCUAGUGCUAUCUUUUCUUUCCGUCUGUUCUCUUGUUUUGUGUUUCUCUUUGGCUUCCUAGUAGACUCAAUGCUGUGCUUUUGUCUCCAGAGUUUCUCUGGAAGUACAGUAUUUGUACCAGCCAUGCCUAAAACAAUUAUUUUGUGCUGGUGCAUCAUAUUAUUCUUAUAUUUGUUUUACUUUGAUUGAUUAGUGCAAAUGUUGCAUGAUCACACCAUUCA